AGGUUGGCGCACGGACCUGCUGCGGCUGCGGCGCUGCAGUCAGACGGUUCCUUGGCUGCCACCAGAGCUCCUAGCGUCGUUGCGCAGCGCGCUUCCGCAGCCCGCCUGCGGCCCGUCGGCGUCUGGCAGCCGUGCGCCAUCUUCACCCAGCGCCAUGGCCGUGGCCGGCGGGCUGGGAGGAUCCCAGCGCUGUCCCUUCCUCGGCCUGCUUUUGCUUCUGCUGAUUGCGGGCCCUGCCUUGGGCAGGAACGACCCUGACAGAAUUUUGUUGCGGGAUGUGAAAGCUCUUACCCUCCACUAUGACCGAUACACCACCUCCCGCAGGCUGGAUCCGAUCCCACAGUUGAAAUGUGUUGGAGGCACAGCUGGUUGUGAUGCCUACACACCAAAAGUCAUACAGUGUCAGAACAAAGGAUGGGAUGGUUAUGAUGUACAGUGGGAAUGUAAGACUGAUUUAGACGUUGCCUAUAAAUUUGGAAAAACUGUGGUGAGCUGCGAGGGCUAUGAAUCCUCUGAAGACCAGUAUGUACUAAGAGGAUCCUGUGGCUUGGAGUAUAAUUUAGAUUACACGGAACUUGGCCUGAAGAAAUUUAAAGAGUCUGGAAAACACCAUAGCUUUGCCGCUUUCUCUGAUUAUUACAACAAGUGGUACUCUGCAGAUGCCUGCAGCACGGGGGGCCUGAUUACCAUCGUGGUGCUGCUGACUAUUGCCUUUGCAGUGUAUAAGUUGUUCCUUAGCGAUGGUCAGUGUUCUCCUCCACCAUACUCUGAGUAUCCUCCAUUUUCCCACCAUUAUCAGAGAUUCACCAACUCAGCAGGACCUCCUCCCGCAGGCUUUAAGUCUGAAUUCACAGGACCACAGAAUACUGGCCGUGGUGCGACUUCUGGCUUUGGUAGUGCUUUCACAGGACAACAAGGACAUGAAAAUUCAGGCCCAGGGUUCUGGACUGGCCUGGGAACUGGAGGAAUAUUAGGAUAUUUGUUUGGCAGCAAUAGAGCGGCCACACCUUUCUCGGACUCGUGGUACUACCCAGCCUGCCCUCCACCCUACUCCGGCACGUGGAAUGGUCGCGCUUCCUCACCACUUCGUGGCAGCUCAGGUGGCUACUCAGCCUGUGCAAACGCAGAAACGAAAACCAGAACUGCAUCAGGAUAUGGUGGUACCAGAAGACGCUAAAGUUGAAAAUUGAAGUCCAACAUUGAACGCAAAAUUUCUGCUCUUUCAUCAUUUUCUCUUUAGAAAAAGUGCUGCCUGCUACCAUCUGGUGAAAGAGAAUCUUCACAGUCCUGUGGUGUUUUGCCCCAUACAGCCUUUUGUAUACUAUUAUUUGAGGCCAAGUGUUGAUGUGUGACAAAGUACUUCUGUAUUGUGUGUUAGUGUAACACGCAGGUGUACAUUGCAGUUUUGGAAAGUGAUGUUUAGUCUGGAAUAUUGAAAAUAUAUUAUUUAAUUUCUAAAACUUCUUGUAAGAAGCAUUGAGAAUGAAGGCGUUAUGGAAACUGAGCACAGACAGUUUCAGUCGUAGAUGGGUUGUGGUUGAUGAGUUAUUACCUCCUAGAGAUGAUAAUAUUCUAUUUGGCAUUAUAUUUUUUGGUGUUUGCUGUUCUUUAAACAUUUAAACCAAGCUUUGGACUACUAAUUAUGCUAAUUUGUGGGUUCUGACCCCUUUUGAUCUCUAGAACUUCAAGUCCUUCAGUGGUGGUGGCCUUCUGGUAAGAAUUACCUUUCUUUCUUAGGAAAAGGUAGAAAAUAAGUAUCCAGAAGGUUGUUGUGAAUAAUCGUGAGGUGACAAAAAUGCUUGAAAUCUCCAUAUUUCUCUAGUUCCCAAGAGGUAAAGUUCAAAUGCUUCAAUAAAGUCUUGUAAUAGCAAAAGCAUGCAGUUUUCUGUGGAAUCUCAACUAUUGUUAUAACAGUCUGUUUCAAUCUUAAAUUAAAAUGACAGCAUAUAUAAAAA